CCUUUCCAUGAUGCUUCAUGCUUCGUGUUUCGAGCAGCAGGCAACCACGUAGGCGGCAGUAGUUUUCAGUGCGCAAAAUACAAGCGAAUUUCAGAUAAAGCAAAACGAAGACUACUCCAAUUCCAUUUCAAAGGAGAGCCACAGGCAUCAGAACACCAGCACACCAGCACACCAGCACCAGUACCAGUACCAGAGUGUUUCUCUUUCUGCCUUUGUGUUGGCCAGCUCUCAAACAAGCACACUCGCACAGCCACACACUACACACUCAUACCAAACCACACAUACAUAGAUGUAUAUGUAUAUGUAGAUGCCUGCAUGCAUAUGGCAUAACAUAGGCAGAGGAAGAUAUUCAUUAGCUGGAUUUUCGAAUUCCUCAGUGCCCCUGCCCGGUGACAAAGUGAAGUGAAACCGACAGAAAUCUCUCCUAAUACUAGUAUGAGUAGUAUCUUGCAGUUUUCGAAAACUAGCUGAGCGAAAUAUUGGAAAUAUUUGAAAAAAAUUAACGCAAACAGUGACAUGUUGUGAGAGUGGAGUGAAAUACCUUCAGCAUCUACAGCUGGUAACAGCGCACAAAGUUUAAACACACAGAGAGGAGCAGACCCGAGAGAUCCGACCAUCAGACCAUACCGGAACGGAAAGGAAAGGAAAGGAAACCUGAGGAGAGGCGAAGAGAGCCGAGCCGAGCCGAGCCGAGCAGAGCUGAGGGUAGGCGCAGGUAGCGCAUAGGAAACACCGCUGCAAAAGUGCAACAGCUGCACAAAGCCAAAGCCGUACACCCUGACUUCAGUGGAAUUCCAAGAGCCCAGUCCCCAGUCCACAGUUCCCAGUCCCCAGCCCCGAGCCACGUCCUAGGCCAGGCCGAAGGGAGACCGAGCAAAGGCUUUGGAAGAAUGUUUAGUGCAAGACACAUACGGCAGCUUCAAGUGGCAACUGUGGCAGCAGCAGCAGCAGCACCAGCAGCACCAGCAAGCACAACCGGAUAAUAGUCCUUCGCCGAUGGUUGCGUAGUGGGUUGCAGUAGUGCAGAUGUAGCAGAGAGCAACAGUCGAGUCGAGUCGCCAACAUUCAGAAGAAUACUAAAUCCGCCAAAUCCCAGCAACCAGAAACCGCAAAACCAGAGCCGUUCAACAUCGACCGUAAGCCGUAAGCCCCGAGCCGAAGCCCAAGCCCAAUCCCAAGCCGUAAGCCGUAAGCCGCAGAGCCAACUGCUACUGCUACUGCUAGCCGGGCCCCAAAGCCGAGACCAUUUGCACGUGACGUCACAGCGUCAAGUAGGACACAGGACCGCGCGAAUUGCGCAUCUGCUUCCGGCGCUGCCGCGCAUCCGCGUCAUGGGCUCCCUUCAGCACAGCCUCUUCUAUGCGCUGGCCGCGGCGCUGCUGAUACUUUCGCUGCACCUCUCCGGCGUCUGCGGCGUCAUCGAUCGCCUGGUGGUGCAGACAUCGUCGGGGCCGGUGCGCGGCCGCUCGGUGACGGUGCAGGGCCGCGAAGUGCACGUCUAUACGGGCAUCCCCUACGCCAAGCCGCCAGUCGAGGACCUGCGCUUUCGCAAACCGGUACCGGCGGAGCCCUGGCACGGCGUCCUAGACGCCACUCGUCUAUCCGCGACCUGCGUCCAAGAGCGCUACGAAUACUUUCCGGGCUUCUCUGGCGAGGAGAUCUGGAACCCCAACACCAAUGUUUCCGAGGACUGCCUGUACAUCAACGUUUGGGCGCCGGCCAAGGCGCGUCUACGCCAUGGAAGAGGCGCCAAUGGUGCCGAGCACUCGGGCUCCAAGCCGGCGGACACGGACCACCUGAUCCACAAUGGUAAUCCGCAGAACACGACCAAUGGAUUGCCCAUUCUGAUCUGGAUCUACGGAGGGGGAUUCAUGACCGGCUCGGCCACCCUGGACAUCUACAAUGCGGACAUCAUGGCGGCCGUGGGGAAUGUGAUAGUGGCCUCCUUCCAGUAUCGCGUGGGGGCCUUUGGUUUCCUCCAUCUGGCGCCGGAAAUGCCGGCAGACUUCGCCGAGGAGGCACCCGGCAAUGUGGGGCUCUGGGACCAGGCGCUGGCCAUCCGCUGGCUGAAGGAAAAUGCGCACGCCUUCGGCGGCAAUCCCGAGUGGAUGACCAUGUUCGGGGAGUCGGCGGGCUCCAGCUCGGUGAACGCCCAGCUGGUGUCGCCCGUGACGCGGGGCGUGGUCAAGCGGGCCAUGAUGCAGUCGGGCACCAUGAACGCACCCUGGAGCCACAUGACCUCCGAGAAGGCCGUGGAGAUCGGAAAGGCGCUGAUCAACGACUGCAACUGCAAUGCCUCCAUGCUGAAGACCAAUCCCGCUCACGUGAUGAGCUGCAUGCGGGGCGUGGACGCCAAGACCAUUUCGGUGCAGCAAUGGAACUCGUACUCGGGCAUCCUCAGCUUCCCAUCUGCCCCAACCAUAGACGGGGCCUUUCUGCCGGCGGAUCCCAUGACCCUGAUGAAGACGGCGGAUCUCAAGGACUACGACAUACUAAUGGGAAAUGUCAGGGAUGAGGGUACCUACUUCUUGCUGUACGAUUUCAUCGAUUACUUCGAUAAGGACGAUGCCACCGCCCUGCCGCGCGACAAGUAUCUGGAGAUUAUGAACAACAUUUUCGGCAAAGCAACACAGGCGGAGCGAGAGGCCAUCAUAUUCCAGUACACCAGCUGGGAGGGCAAUCCGGGCUAUCAGAAUCAGCAGCAAAUUGGACACGCCGUGGGCGAUCACUUCUUCACCUGCCCCACCAACGAGUAUGCCCAGGCGCUGGCCGAGCGAGGCGCCUCUGUGCACUACUACUUCUUUAAACAUCGCUCAAGCACCUCGCUGUGGGGCGAGUGGAUGGGCGUGAUGCACGGCGACGAGAUUGAGUACUUCUUCGGCCAGCCGCUGAACAACUCUCUGCAGUAUCGACCUGUGGAGCGCGAGCUGGGCAAGCGUAUGCUCAGUGCGGUCAUCGAGUUUGCCAAGUCCGGCAACCCCGCCCAAGAUGGCGAGGAGUGGCCAAACUUCUCCAAGGAGGAUCCCGUCUACUACAUAUUCAGCACGGAUGACAAGAUCGAGAAACUGGCACGCGGCCCCUUGGCGGCCCGCUGUUCCUUCUGGAACGAUUACUUACCGAAAGUCAGGAGUUGGGCAGGUUGCGAUGGCGACUCGGGAAGUGCUUCCAUAUCCCCCAGGCUGCAGCUCCUGUUGCUGGCUGGACUGCUCUACAUCGGUGCCGCCUUGAGAACCAAAGGAGUUUUCUAAAAGAAAACCAUUUCGGGCAGUACCCAAUCACACGAAUACACACGAAAUCACACCCACACACACACAACACACACACCACACACACCUAAAAUUAAAACACAUAUAUUAAUAAAAAUUUAGCAAGCGGAAGAAAACCCGAAAAUGUUUAUGUAAAAGUACGAAUAGCACCCGGAAACGCAGAUUGUGCAGCAAAUUUGUUAACGGAUGAAGAGAAAACCUAGUAGAAUCGGUUAGCGCCGAUCCAAGGAUAACAUUAAAUGGCGAUUGCUGAACCUUUGUAAAUUGAACAAAAAAAAGAAGGAAAUUAGAGCUCUCUGCACCCCCCAGAAGAAGCCAGCUAAAUAUUGCAUAUCACACGAGAGUCUGCCGAGUGGAAAUCUGGCUGCUCUCCAGACCGGGAGACACCCAAAUUGUUUUUGUGUAGUACGACGCUGACGCUAAAUUGCUUGAUUUGUAGGAACCUGGCCCAGAGACGGAGACGGAGACAGUAGCCAGUAGCCAGUAGCCAGUAGCCAGUCUCCAAACAGAACUUUUGAUAAUUGAAAAUGUUUGUCCUGCCCUCGGGGCAGCCUGAAUAUGUUUACAUAGACUGGACACAGGAAUUCCAUUCCAUUCGCCCGUUCGACAGACAAAACCAGACACUUUUUGCCAGAGGGCGUGCGAGCACAGCCACCACGCCCACACCCAUCUUGAGCGCAUUUAAUGGCACAAUUUUUGCUUUCAGUUCGGAGGAGUCCUUGUCGCCUAACGAUAUUUGGCCAAAUUGCAUUGGUUUCAUAUUAGGUUGAGGGGGGUCACUUGGUCACUUGAUUUCGAUUUGCUUUCCCAGGGAAACCACACAAAUUGUAAGCACCCAAGAUUCUUAUGAGAACAACCAAGUGGAAAUUUUUGGAAAAUCAAACAAAACCAAACAAAAACGAAAAGAAAACACAUUUGUAUUGUACAAACGAUUGGCGUUGGUUUAUCGGAAGAAAAGAAAAGGAAAA